AUGGUGCUGCUGAUCUGCGCGAUCAUUGGGGAAGUCAGCACACUCUCUAUCGUCAUUGACAAGAGUGUGACGAUGAAUCUCCUGAAAAAUGCGAUCAAGGCGAAAAUUGAAGACAUCGACGUUCCUGCACGCAGCUUGCAACUCUUUCUGGCAAAGAAGAACGGCGCGUGGCUUGAAUCCGACACCGAAGACAUCUCGAGCUCCAGGGCGAUGCUAGACUCCAAGAAGCGCUGA